UACGAGAUUGUAGAUUUUCGAUAUUACAGAAUGGUUAAAUAGGAGAUAUUUGUUUGUCACGUUGCAAUGAAUGAAACUGUUAGGUGAUAUAAUUGGAAUCAAGACACCUUAUCAACUUUGAUAAAUUCUUAUUGGAUAUAAUGAAGGAUAUGUUGUCUUUUCGUCGUAUUGGAGAUAUUUACACAUUGGUGGUUUUCUGUCUUUUUCAAUACCAGGCAUUUGGACGAGUCAACAACAAGAAACUUCAUUACACACCAGAACACCACGCUUUACAUAUCGUGAUACGCAAGACGCAGUCUCAUUUAAAAGAUUUCGAAAUCGCAGUUCCAGAGGUUGUGGAUGUUUUGGGAAACCAUGUCACACAUGAUUUACUUCACCACAGACGAUUACGAAGAAGCGUUCAUUCCAACAUAACUUCUGAGAUUCCUGUAUUUUAUAAAAUAUCUGCACAUAACAAAGAUUUUCAUAUUGGAGUUGUUCCCAACAAAAUAUUUCUGGAUCCUAAAUUCUAUGUGAAAAAAAUCCAGAGGGAUCAAAAAACUGGAAAAUUAAUUGAAAAAAUCGAAACGAACACGGAAUUAGACUGUCAUUUUAGUGGACAUAUGGUGUCUCACGAAAAUAGUGGUGUUGCAAUUAGUUUAUGCAACGGAAUGUCGGGGCUACUCAGAACAGAAGAAGAUGAUUUUCUAAUUGAACCAAUUCCUCCUGAAAUCCAUCAUAACUUUUCGCAACCUCAACAUCCUCAUAUCAUUUAUAAAAGAAGACAUUUAAAGAAUAGUGAUACUCAUUAUUGUGGGAAUAAGAAAUGGCAUCCGACACCGGUGCUAAAUCAAUACGAUAAUGAUAUUGGAUAUAUGUCUGAUGGUUCAUUUUUCAUUCGACCGGAGGAAAAUUCUGUAUUGUCCAAAGAUGAAACGUCGAACGAUGCAUCUUUUAAAACUAAGGAUGAUAAUAAUAUCCAAGAUCGUUCGAAGCGUGAUAUCUCUGUGGUAACAAAACGCCGAAGAAAGAUUGUUGAAACUUUAGUUGUUGCUGAUCGUGAAUUAAUUGAAAAACAUAAAAGUGAUCACGUCGAUGUCGCUACCUACAUUUUGACCGUAAUGAACUUGGUGAGCGCAUUAUUCCGAGAUGGGACACUUGAUACGGAUAUUGAAAUCGUCUUGAUCGGCCUAACGUUGUUGGACGACGACAAGGAAAUUGAACUCGGUCACAAAGCUGGAAAAUCCUUAGAAAAUUUCUGUCGUUGGCAAACUAAAACAAACUCUACAAUUGGAAGAACACCAGAUCAUUCGAUUUUACUUACUGGAAUAAAUAUCUGUGUCGAUAAAGAUGAACCUUGCGAUACCUUAGGUCUCGCAGAGAUUGGUGGAAUGUGCAGUUCGAGUGGAAGUUGCACCAUCAACGAAGACACUGGACUUGGAUUAGCUUUCACAGUAGCUCACGAAACUGGACACAGCUUGGGAAUGAGACAUGAUGGACAGGGAAACACAUGCAGUAAAAGUGGAGGUCAAAUUAUGUCUCCGAUUAUAAAUACAUUGAACGGAGUAUUCACUUGGUCUUCAUGUAGCAGAAAAGCAAUGGAAGAGUUUCUCAAGACAAAUCAGUCUCAAUGUCUGAACAACGUUCCAGACAAAACGCCGGAGUUGCAUUUUAGUUUACCGAGAGAACUUCCUGGACAAUUGUAUAGUGCUGAUGAUCAAUGUAAUCUACAGUUUGGCAAAAAUAGAAAACUAUGCGAUUCCAGAUAUAUAAGCGAUAAGGAUCACCUUUGCAAAGCUCUGUGGUGCCAAAGAAGUGAUGGUUCUUGCGAAACAAAAUACGUACCAGCCAGUGAAGGCACUGUUUGCGGAGAAAAUUAUUGGUGUCGAAGAGGAAAAUGCGUUCCGUACGGAUCGUCUGGUCCACUAGUUGUCAACGGCGGUUGGUCAGAAUAUGGCGAAUGGUCGAAAUGUAGCAGGUCAUGUGGAAUAGGUGUCGCAACCAAAUAUCGUCAGUGCAACAAUCCAUCUCCUAUGUACGGAGGCCGCCAUUGUGAAGGAGAAGAUAGAAUUUAUAAAUUAUGUAACACCUGGAAUUGCCCUCCUUCUGUCGCUGACUACAGAUCUCAGCAGUGCGCCGAAUUUAAUUCAAAGCAGUACAGACAUCAGUAUUUCAAUUGGAUACCUUACACGAAAUACUGGAAGCAUGGAUCCAACAAAUGUGAAUUAAUAUGUGAAGCUGAAGGUUUCGGAUUUUUCGACAGACUUGCGGCUCAAGUUAAAGACGGAACAUCUUGUGAUAACGAUUCCAAUGAUGUUUGUGUUGCUGGAAAGUGUGAGCAUGUAGGUUGCGACAGAGUUCUUCUUUCCGAAGCAGUAACAGAUGUCUGUGGUGUGUGCAACGGCAAAAAUAAAACAUGUCGACUUUAUAACGGAAGUCACGUAGGUCAAGUCCAUGAUAGUGGAUACUACUUCGUUGCAAGAUUGCCCAUUGGUGCAAGCACCAUAAGGAUUCGGCAGAAUACUUGUUGUACCCACUCAUAUAUUGCUGUGAGGGAUGCUCACAAUGCUAGCAGGUAUUAUUUGAACGGGAACUGGGAGAUUGACAUGCAAAAAGAAACAAGAUUUGCUGGAGUAAAAUGGCACUACAAACGAAAGUUUUCGCAACCACAAGAAUUGAUUACAGAUGGUACUAUAACACAAUCUAUCGUGAUUGAGGGCCUUUUCAAUAUGGGAAAAAAUACCGGUAUCUCGUAUUCUUACUACAUCAAUGAAAUCGAGAACGCAUUGCCUUAUGAAGUACUUACAAAGGAUACAAAAACAAAUAUCACCUACAGUUGGCAAAUGGAGAUUUCAAGCUGCUCAAAAUCUUGCGCAGGAGGUAUAAAACAAAGUGUUGCAAGAUGCAUGAAGAAUGAUAUAACGGUAGCAGAUGAUUUGUAUUGUAAACAUCUAGCAAGGCCAAUAACUGAAAGCAAAUCAUGCAAUAUGAAUCCAUGUCCUGCUACAUGGGUCAAACGACGAUGGCAUUCGUGCAAUGCUUCUUGUGGAAUAGGGAUGAGAGCACGGGAUGUUGUUUGUGCUCAAAAUACAACGAGAGGACAAGAAAUUAUUUCCGACCUCAUGUGUGAUGUUCCCAGGCCGCAAAAAAGCAAGACUUGCUUUUUAAAAGAAUGUUCAUCUCAAUGGAAAACUGGCCGUUGGACGAAGUGCUCAAAAACGUGUGGAAAAGGACAGAGAACACGAAACGUAUAUUGCGCGGACGAGUCAGGAUAUAAGGAUAAUGAUAAGUGCGAAUUAGAGAAAAAGCCGAAAUCAAAAAGAGGAUGCCGAUUAGCGAAGUGUCGACGACAAUAUCAGUGGCUGAUCACUGCUUGGGGAAAGUGUUCUACAACAUGCGGUUUGGGAUGGCAAAGAAGAAAAGUACAAUGUAGUAGAAAAAGUAGAAGAGGUGGAUAUAAACCUGCAAAAAGAAAGAGAUGUAAACAUAAGCCAAAACCGAAAAUUUCCACCAAGAGAACUUGUACAAGUACUCUGUGUACGAAGACGUCUUCAAUUGAAAACUUGAAUACUUCCAGCUCGAAUAAUGAUUCGCCGUCUAUUACCCUGAAAAGCAACUCCAACAAUACAAGGGAGUAUUCGCCACACACGCGACCGAAGUGGAUAGCUAAUGACUGGGAAAAGUGCUCUGUUACGUGUGGAGGAGGGACACAAUUUAGAAGAGUGACUUGUUGGACCAGUCUUUUAUCACCUGCAGAUUGUCCAGCAGGAAACAAACCGACAGCAGCGCGUACAUGCAAUACAUAUGACUGUCCCGUUGACAUCAUCCAAGACGAAUUCUGCUCCGAUAAAUUCACUUGGUGUUAUUUGGUUCCACAUCAUCGCACAUGUGGCCAUAAAUAUUUUGGAUCUCAAUGUUGUAAAUCCUGCAAAAGUAAUGAGCAACGCAAAUCAACAUGAACAGAGAGAAUUAUUUGAAAUCAUAAGAAUUGAUAGAACAUCCUCAUGUGGACCAUUGUUCAAAAUGGGGUUGGUUUUGGAAUAUUAUUGUAUUUGGUCAUCGAUAUUGAUAGGUUUUUAUCAAAAACCACGAGUUUUGUUGCUAUAUUGCUUCAGGUAAUGCACAUAUCAGACAUUCCAAUCAUAAGAUGGUACUUGAAAAACAAUGUAUUUUUAUGGGCUUUCAGUCACAAAAAAACUCUAAAUUUCCAAGUCAAAGCUCAGCAAAUGUGAAACUGUUGAAUUUAUUUUUCGCUGUAAAGACUCGUUCCAUCUUGCAUUUUGUAUUUUCUUCGGCGUAUGUCAAUGCAGUGCUACAUCAAAUUUAAUGUAAUUUCCGGCCUCAUAAUAUGAAAAGUGUUGAUAUAAUGUACAUAAAUUGAUGCGUUCUCUAUACAUUCAAACAAUGAAAAGGCUUCAAAAUAGUUUGAAAUUACUGUGUAACAGGCUGUGAAAUUUUACUUCUUCUUUCACUUUUUUUACUCAGUUCUGUGGUUGUCUUUGUAAAAUUAUAUAUUUCUUGAACAUGUGA